AUGAACAAGAACGCCAUCGAGGGAAAAGUCAUUUUCCUGACUGGAGCCGGUUCCGGUAUUGGACGCGCAACAGCACUCAAGCUCAGCAAACUCGGAGCACGCCUGGCCCUCAGCGACCUCAACAUCGAAUCAUGUCGAGAAACCGCCAAGCAAUGCGCCGGAGGCCCUCACCAAGUAACACUCCUCAACGUCAGCGAAUACAAACGCUGCAUCGAAACCAUCAAAGAUGCCAUUGGCUAUUUCGGCAGAAUCGACCACGUAUUCAAUUGUGCGGGUAUCAACCCCACGGCCAGAGACUUGGUGGAUUGCUCAGAAGAUUACUUUGACAAAUUGGUCGCGGUGAAUUUGAAGGGUGUGUAUAACGUUACAAAGGCCACUAUUCCGUAUUUGAGGAGUGGGAGUGCUAUUGUCAAUGUUUCGUCGAUAUGUGGUAUUCAUCCGCACAAGCAGAUGGCUAUUUACUGCGCGACCAAAUACGCCAUUAUUGGAUUUUCGAAAUCGAUGGCGUUGGAGUUGGGACCAAAGGGCAUUCGUAUCAAUGUUGUGGCUCCGGGAUAUAUCGAGACACCGACGAAUGCGAGUGUUGUUGCUGGAGAGGAGGCGCUAAAGAAGACGGUUGAGCAGGUCGCUCUUGGUCGUAUGGGCAAGGCUGGCGAGGUUGCUGAUGUUGUAGCUUUCCUCAUGGGUGAUGAGAGCAGAUACAUGAAUGGCAGUGUUGUGGAAGUCAACGGCGGUACUGGAUAA